AUGGCCGAUUUGGAAGCUGUUUUGGCAGACGUGAGUUAUUUGAUGGCAAUGGAAAUGAGUAAAUCCACACCCGCUGCCCGUGCCAGUAAGAAAAUAACCCUUCCCGACCCAAGCAUACGGAGCGUGAUGAUGAAGUACAUGGAAAAAAGAGGUGAUUUAACCUUUGACAAGAUAUUUAACCAACGAUUGGGAUAUUUGAUCUUCAAAGACUAUUGCCUUAACUAUCACGAAGAGCCGGUUCCACAAAUCCGCUUCUAUGAGGAGAUCAAGAAGUUGGAAAGUCUUGAGACUGAUGAGGAACGAAUUGCACUUGGCAAGGAAAUUUACGACCAUUUUAUCAUGAAAGAUCUGCUCUCCCAGUCUCACGAAUUCUCCAAAGAAACCGUCGCCCGAGUGUUGGAGCUCCUAACAAGCGCACAGCGAACGCGAAUACUUCCUCAGGACACCUUCUCGCCCUAUCUGCAGGAGAUAUGCGAAUCUAUCCGCGGUGACAUCUUUGACGCAUUUAUUCGUUCCCCCAGAUUUACCCGUUUUUGCCAGUGGAAAAAUCUGGAGCUCAAUUUGAACCUCACAGCGAAUGACUUCAGCGUUCACCGAAUCAUCGGUCGGGGCGGGUUCGGUGAAGUUUAUGGCUGCCGCAAGACGGAUACUGGAAAAAUGUAUGCUAUGAAGUGCUUGGAUAAAAAGCGGAUCAAAAUGAAGGGUGGGGAGUCAUUGGCCUUGAACGAAAGAGCUAUGCUUUCUCUUGUCAGCACGGGAGAGGGAUGCCCAUUCAUAGUCUGCAUGACCUACGCUUUCCAAACUCCUGAGAAACUGUGCUUCAUCCUUGAUCUAAUGAAUGGUGGCGAUCUGCACUAUCACCUAACGCAGCACAAUGUCUUCAGUGAGUCCGAGGUACGGUUCUACGCCGCGGAGGUGGUCCUUGGUUUGGAGCACAUGCAUAAUCGCUUUAUCGUCUAUCGCGACUUAAAGCCCGCAAACAUUUUAUUGGACGAGUAUGGCCACAUUCGAAUCAGUGAUCUCGGACUGGCUUGUGACUUUUCGCGGAAGCGACCGCACGCCAGCGUGGGUACGCACGGUUACAUGGCGCCGGAGGUGCUGCAACGUGGGCGGUCCUACGAUUCUUCUGCCGACUGGUUCUCACUCGGCUGCAUGCUCUACAAACUCCUCCGCGGGCACAGCCCCUUUCGCCAUCACAAAGUGCGCGACAAGCACGAAAUUGACCGCAUGACCAUGACCAUGGAUAUAGAACUUCCCGAAGAUCUCUCUCCAGAAAUGUACAGCCUUCUCUCCAAACUUCUGGCCCGAGACGUUGAUUGUCGUUUAGGUUGCAUGGGUCGCGGAUCCUUGGAGGUUCGAGAACACGAGUUUUUCAAAGACAUUGACUGGCAACUGGUGUACCACCGCAAGUACCCCCCACCCCUCAUCCCACCACGUGGCGAAGUUAAUGCCGCUGAUGCCUUCGAUAUUGGAUCCUUUGAUGAAGAGGACACCAAAUAUAUUAAAUUGACUGAGAGUGAUCUUGAACCUUACAAGAACUUUUCGCUGGUGGUGUCUGAGCGAUGGCAGCUAGAGAUAGCAGAGACGGUUUUUGAUGUGAUCAACCAGGAGACUGAUAGAAUUGAAAAUAAGCGCCGUUCAAAGCUGCAACAACAACAGCAGCAGCAGGGAUCACAGAACUCCGCCGCUCCCUCCUCUACUACUGCCCCCACAUCCAACACUUCCCCCUUCACCCCCUCAUCCUCCAGUCAGAAAGCCUUGUCCACCUCGAGCUCCGAAUGUUCCACAGGAGAUAUCUCUGUCAGCACCGAUCCUCACUCCACUCAGCUGAACUCCGAUUGCAUUGUCGAAGGCGACAUUCUCAAGCUCGUGGGGCCCUUUUUCCAGACAUGGCAGCGCAAAUUCCUCCGACUCUUUCCUAAUCGGCUUGAGAUGUACAGCAAGUCGAGAGAUGGAACUGUUGUCAAAAAGGGAGUCGAGCUGAUAUCUAUGGUUGAUAUCCGAGAGAUUUCGCGAGAUUUCCAGCGAAUGUAUAAAAUGGACAAUUGUUUGACAAUCACCCUGAAGAACGAUUCUAAAAUCGUCAUUACUUCGAGUGACAAAGUUCUUAUCACACAAUGGAAGGAGGAGAUAGAGGAAGCCUUCCAAAUAUCAAACGAGCUCAUUUCAAAUUUAAAUAAGAAGGCGCACAAAGUGUACGGCGCUGAAUCACCUCCCCGACCGUCCACUCCAGAACAGUUGGGGACCCGUACACCUAUUAGGAGCAAAGCCGCCGCUGCUAGCGAGUCAGUUGGCUCGCAGAGCCUUGUGCGUCAGACCUCUGUGCCCUCAAUGGGGCUACAGAAGUCUCUCACCAAGCUCUACUCCUUCACUACCCUCUCUGGCGGGAUGAGCGGUCACUUCGAGCGCUCGCCUGCCAGAUCUAUGGUGGGGCCCAUUGCGGAGGGGGAUGGCGAGACCCGAGAAGUCCACCAAUCUUCCCGUGAUGAUGCCUGA